AUGUCGGACGAGCAGGUAGAUGAUUUUGAAUACGAUGACGAUGAUUUCGACUUCGAUGAAGAUGAGAUUAUCAAGCUUGUGUCGCUUGUAAUCACAUGUAUCCUCGGUGUCGUUGGUAAUGCAGUCAUACUUGUGGUAUACAAGAAGAAAAAGAAGAAAACCAGCACGGAUGUCUUGAUCGUCGCCCAGGCCAUUGUCGACGUCGUCGCCAGUGUAUUUGCGCCCAUGGUUCUCUUUAAGACAGCCUAUGCUAGUCUCGUUACCGACGGAAUUUGUGUCGUAACAGAGCUGACGGAAAACGGCAGCGCUUUUUCGUCACUCUUCCUAAUGAUGACGAUCAGUGUUGACCGAUACCUUCUUGUUUGCCGUCCACUCCGACGUCGAGUCACACUACGCAUGGCUACAAUCGCAUCGGCCCUGUGCGUUAUGGUAGCCAUAUUGAUGAUGAUGCCACGAACGAUCUACACCCGUGCCGUAAAUUCAGACCUGGAGCUAGAGGUAAAUUGCGAAUUUCCUCUAAGCCAGCGAGCUACCGUGAUUGUCUCUGUGUUGUUUCCAGUGACAUUUUUUGUUACGAUGAUGAUAACACUUACACUGUACGGCCAGAUUUACAGAUUCUUAAGAAGGCAAGCUAAGGUGCAUGCGGAAUUGGUUGCCAAUGGACCAGCGGGAACAGGCGGUCCCGCUCCCGGUGCAUCUUUAGUUCCUCUUGAUCAAGACACCGCAAACAGUAAAUUGCAUCAACAUACAAAUGAAACAGGGAUUGAACAGGACUCAGGCAGUUCUCAUAGUAACCCUGUUAUGGAAGAACAAUUAGAAGUACCUAUAGACAAGCAGAUUGACAAAUACAAAUCCACAGUUGACGUUGGCCUUAAUCAGAACCCGAUGACGACUCAGUGCACAUCUGCAGGCGUAGCAAAAGGUGCGACGUCAGCAACAAUGCAAACUAAACCUGGUAAACCCCGAGUAAGGUUCCCUGUGGCCAGGUCCGUUGCCUCCACUUCUCAGCCUCAGUCGGAAAAUUCGCAAGCGGAAGUUGUAACAGAGAAGCAGGAUGUAGCGCUGAAUCAACCCAGGAGAAGGGUGGCACAUAUCCGUGGUCGUUCCACCACUAAAAUGCUUCUCUUUAUUACCAUCUAUUUCAUCAUCACGUGGUUACCUCUCAUAAUGAUUACCCUUCUCCAGCAGCGAGUAAUUCGAAAUCUGACCACAAAUUUCAUGGCCAUCGUUAUCGGAGCAUUCGAGACGUUCCGAAGCACUAACCACGUUGUGAACAUCUUCGUUUACAGCUAUACCAACGUCCCGUUCAGAAAAGCGGCUAGGAAAUUAUUUACCCGCGAGGGACUAAAAAACAAACUAUGGUGA